CAAGUGUGUUUACGAAAGUGAUUCUAAUACUUUUUAAAUAAUAUCCAACAAAUAACUUAAAUAUAGUUUAUAUUAACAAUUUCUAAAAACUAUUUGACUAAUAGCUCUUAAAACUGCUUUACAAAAUAAAAUAAAUCGAUUAAAAACAGUACUUAUAAUGUAAAAAUCCAGCCGUAUUGGAAUAAAUACUAGUCAUGACUACCUUAACUAUUCAAGAUGUUUUCUGUUUCGGAUCAAAUAAAUCGAGCAACAAAAAAAUUGACAAAGAAGGUGUUCUACCCUUUAUUAUAUUACCAAUUUUAUUACUAUGUGCCACUAUAUCCCUAACGAUAACCAUAAUAAUUAUGAUUGUUAUUGGCAUGGGAGCAUUAUAUGUUCAGACAAGACCACGUCAAAAGAACAGAUCACCAUUCUUUUUUUCUUGGACCUUGUCAUCUGGAGUUUGGAUGUUUCUUAUAUUUGAAAUUGCUAUAUUGAGAUUACUUGAAAUAACACAGUUGGAACACUUUGUUUUUUUAGUGCUGUUGACUUGCACAUGUUAUUUCUUCUACAAAGUAAAAGCAAUAGCGGAUUUUGAACUAGCGACUGGCUCAUCAAAGGGAAAAGAAUACAGCCCGGUGUUAACAUCAGACUCACAUUACUGUCAAGUUUGUCAGAUAGAAGUUAAUGAUAGAUUUUUUCACUCAAUUUGGUGGAAUUGUUGCAUCUUACGACAAAACUAUAUUUAUUUCUUUGUUGGGCAAUUCUUCGCGUUGACAACAAUUCUGCUCGGAACUAAUUUAGGUCUUACAACAAUAUGUCAACCAUUUCUACUGUAUGGCAUUAUUUUGUUGCCUCAAGACUGUCAAGAUGUGUACUUUGAAUUUCAACUAGCAAUAUCGUUUGUUUGCUGCGUGUAUGGAUUGGGAUACACCUGUGUUGUAGCCUUUGUAUUGAUACGGCAUUUAUUUGUAUUUAUACCGAAAUAUAUGGCGCCGCAGUGGAAGAAAUUGGUAAAUACGACAGUGUGAUAUAAUCACAAUAUUUAUGCUAUAUACAUUUCCAAAGAAAAAUAAUUUUAAUACUAAUUUAUCGGAAGUAGCAAUAAAAUGUGUAAUAAGACUUAAGAAUUAACAUAAAAGAUAAAAAAUGGGCAUAAUAAGUAAGUAGUCAUUUUAAUGUUACAAUAUUUUUACAUUUAGUAAAAGCUUGGCUUCUUGGUGUAUUACUAAUAAUCUAAAAUGAUUAUUAUUGUAAGCAAUGUUUGUAAUUUAAUAUUAUUGCCCUUUUAUUUAUUUUUUCGAUGGCAACUUACAUAGUAUAGACAAUAUAUUCCAACACAUAUAACAUACAAUUCUUAAGCAUAUCAUCAUGGUUCAAGACUUAAAAAACUUUAAUAUAAAAUAACGAAAAUAAUGAAAUAAGUUGUAAAUUCUAACUGAAUUAAAUAUGAAUAUAAAACUAUUUAUUUGUAA